UGGUAUCUCACAACUUGCGUUCACUGGUUGGUCAAUUGUAUCAGCAAAUUCCUUGAAGUGCCAUCAACCCAAAGGCAAUGAACAUUCUGAUAGUUUUCGCCAUUAUCUGCAACAUGGCCAGCUACGGUCAAAGCGCACCGAUCUUGGAGUAUUCUGGCGAGGCGGGUCAACUAGUCGACGAUCCAGAAUUCAACCUGUCCGUAGAAAACAGCAAGAGUUUGAUCAAAAAGGUGUUGGAUGCUAUUCCAGAGACACACACAUCGUGCAUUCAUUCUGAGACCCUGAUUCUUAACUCGAGCAGUGAGAACAGGAAACUACAAUACCUGGCGAUCAACCUUGGCAUUCCCUCUGCUCCCACACUCAAAGCCUUGACAGAUAACUUUACUUUGGAGACCUGUCUGAGACGUAUGUCAGAGGGACUACAGGUGCACCAGGACCUGCUAAGAGCUGUCGUACAACGCCUGGCCAACACAGAGAGAAUCACUGCACUGCUGACUGAUAUCAGAGAUCUCCGCGUCCAGAUCAACAGGAUGCUGAAAGCGGUCCAAGUGGAGGAGAGCCCGGUGGCGGUGCAGCCCACAGCCACAAGCCUGGCCUCUCGUCUCACUGGGGACUAUGAGGUUCAGGUAGCCACACAUCUGACUCUGGUGCAGCUCCAAAGCUUUGGCCAGGACAUAGUCCGCAGUCUAAGGAACAUAGCCCAAGCAAAUGGGCUGAGCGAUUGACCCAAAACUGACUUGAAAUUGCCAUGUUUUUAUGGUGAUCUAUUUUAUUUAUUUAUUUAUGAUCUAUUUAUUAUUUAGUCUAUUUAUGAUUAGAUAUGUAUUUAUAAAAUGCUUAAAAUAUCAUUUAAAUGCUUUACAGUGCAUUUGGAAAGUACAGUGCAUUUGGAAAGUAUUCAGACCCCUUGACUUUUUCCAGAUUUUGUUACAGUACAGCCUUAUUCUAAAAUUGACUAAAUUGCCCCCCCCCUUCAAAUCUACACAUAUAAUACUCCAUAAUGACAGAGCAUAAACAGUUUUUUAGAAUUUUUAGCAAAUGUAUAUUUUGGGGCACCAGGUAGCCUAGUGGUUAGAGCAUUGGGCCAGUAACCGAAAGGUUGCUAGAUCGAAUCCCAGAGCUAUAAAAGGUAAAAAUAUGUAGUUUUGCCACUAAACAAGGCACUGUUACUAGGCCAUCAUUGUAAAUUAGAAUUUGUUCUUAAAUUUAUUUAAUAUAUAUUACAUUUACAUAAGUAUUCACACCCUUUGCUCAGUAUGUUGUUGAAUCACUGUUGGCAGUGGUUACAGCCUAGAGUCUUCUUGGGUACAAGCUUGGCACACCUGUACUCCCAAUCUUCUCUGCAGAUCCUCUCAAGCUCUGUCAGGUUGAAUGGGGAGCGUCACUGCACAGCUAUUUUCAGGGCUCCAGAGAUGUUCGAUCAUGUUCAAAUCCGGGCUCUGGCUGGGCCACUCAAGGACAUUCAGAGACUUGUCCCGAAGCCACUCCUGUGUUGUCUUGGCUGUGUGCUUAGGGUUGUUGUCCUGUUGGAAGGUGAACCUUCUCCCCAGUCUGAGUUCCCGAGUGCUCUGGAGCAGGUUUUUAAAAAUCAAGGACCUCUCUGUAAUUUGCUCUGUUCAUCUUUUCCGUGAUCCUGACUAGUCUCCCGGUCCCUGCCGCUGAAAAACAUCCCCACAGCAUGAUGCUGCCACCACCAUGCUUCACCGUAGGGAUAGUGCCAGGUUUCCUCCAGACGCGACACUUGGCAUUCAGGCCAAAGAGUUCAAUCUUGGUUUCAUUAGACCAGAGAAUCUUGUUUCUCAGUCAGAACCUUUAUGUGCCUUUUGUCAAACUACACAUGGGCCUUUUACUGAGGAGUGGCUUCCGCCUGGCCACUCUACCAUAAAGGCCUGAUUGGUGGAGUGCUGCAGAGAUGGUUGUCCUUCUGGAAGGUUCUCCCAUCUGCAUAGAGAAACUCUAGAGCUCUGUCAGAGUGACCAUCGGGUUCUUGGUCACCUCCCUGACCAAGGCCCUUCACCCCCGUUUGCUCAGUUUGGCCAGGCGGCCAAGUCUAGGAAGAGUCUUGGUGGUUCCAAACUUAUUCCAUUUAAGAACGAUGGAGGCCAUAGUGUUCUUGGGGACCUUCAAUGCAGCAGACAUUCACCUCAGGAUUCACCGGAGCUCAAUUUUGAGUCUCAUAGCAAAGGGUUUUAAUACUUAUGUACAUUUUUUGAAGCGCCAAUCCGCGCUCCUUAACACUUGCCCGCUUAUCCCGGGAAACCAGCCGCACCAAUUUGUCGGAGGAAACACAGCUCAUUUGACCGCCGAAGUCAGCCUGCAGGCGCCCGGCCUGCCACAAGGAGUUGCUAGAGUGUGAUAAGCCAAGUAAAGCCCCCCGGCCAGAACUGCCAAUUGUGCAACGUCCUAUGGGACUCCCGGUCACGGCCGGUUGUGACAUAGCCUGGGAUCAAACCUGGGUCUGUAGUGAUGCAGUGCCUUAGAUCGCUGCGCCACUCAGGAGGCCCUGUUUUUUUAUUUUGUAUAAAACCCGUUUUCGCUUUGUCAUUAUGGGGUAUUGUUUGUAGAUAAAUGUAAUCCAUUUUAGAAUAAAUCUGUAACAUAACAAAAUGUGGAGAAAGUCAAGGGGUCUGAAUACUUUCCAAAUGCACUGCAAGCCUACUCAAUAAUUCGCCUGUAUGCUUUGUGAGCAACCCUUGUAGUAAGCUUCAUAAGCUGUUAUCAACUUUUGUCCCAGGGUGUCAUUGAGGAAGUUUUUUUAGGGGUUAUACAUGAAUCCACCAUUUGUAUUUCAUAAGUUCUAUGAAAAUGUACUGUUUUUUACAGAGACAAUUGCUUGCAAGUAUCUGUAUGUUAUACUUCAUUUUGGAGUUAUUGGUACAUUUUAUUUUGUCAAAUGCAAUGCAUUAGCGCUCACCAAAUAUACACUGAACAAAAAUAAACAUGUUCGUCCCAUGUUUCAUGAGCUGAAAUAAAAAAAGAACCCAAAAAUUUU